UCAUCAAGAGUCAUAUUAAUAUACAAUAACGGGCUAAUGUAUACGCCUGGUCAUGCACAUGCAAUAUUAUAUUUGUUAGCCACAUAUCAUAUACUUUUUUAGGUUUGAAAAACAGCAAGGACGUGCUCUGUUUUGUUUUGGAACACAGUCGAUAACAGUUGAAUACUGACGAUGUCGAUGAAAAUGAACAAAAGUAAUAUAGUAGUAUGUCAACAUAUAUCAAUCUUCCACGAAUACACAGGAAACCACAGCUCUACGGACAUGAUAUCAGACAUCAUUACUUGCAUAGUAAAUGCCGUACUAGCCAUUCUGACAACAAUCGGGAACAGUUGCAUCAUUUUUGCUUACCAUGACAACCGAACGCUUCAAACCAAAAGCAACUUAUUGAUAGUUGCUCUGGCAUUCACGGACCUGCUGGUCGGUAUCUUGGUUCAACCUCUUUUCGUUUGGGUGAAAAUUAAACAAAUGAUGGGUAAUAUUGAUUGCCUGCUUGAAAUCAUCAGCGAUUUAUCAACAAAGUUUUCCUUCGGUAUAUCUUUACUGACGCUUGGUUUGAUUGUAAGUACAGAAAGAUACUUCGCAGUUUUUUAUCCAUUGAAACACCACACUUGGCUUACGAAGAAAAAAUUGUUUUACUCGAUCCUUGUGGUAUGGGUAACUGCUGCAAUUGCUGUUCUGAGUAUUCUAUUAGGAAUACCAAGGGUUGUGUAUCAACCUUUUGGUCUUACUCUGAUCGUAUUAUCCCUAGCAACUUCGCUAUUUUUGUAUAUCAAAAUUGCAAGAAAAAUUCGAACGAUGAAGUCUCGCACUGCUCCAUCGCCUGGGCUAUCACGAGUCAAACGCGUGUCGUGGACGUCAAAUCCUUCCCAAAUUCGUGCGGCUGUGACCAUGUUUUAUGUCCUGGGCUCAUUGUUUAUAUGUUGGAUACCUAUGCUCAGCGGAUUUCUUUAUGUCUCAAUUCAAGGACAAAACUUAGUGUACCAAAAGUUUUUGUGGACAUGGGGAGUCACGUGCGUAUUUCUUAACAGUUUCUGUAAUCCGUUCAUAUAUAGCUGGCGUAAUCGUAAUAUGUCGACAGCUAUUCGGAGAUUGUUCGUGAAAGGUAAUCACGAUGUAGACGGCACAAUUGUGAACUUAUCUAUGGUCAGGCAAUCAUAUAGUAUGACUUAGGGUACGGUUAGCAUUGCUAUACGUAUAGUGACACGCAUAUAGUAUCAUGAUAUCAACUAUUUAUCCUCACGAAGUUGAAUCCGACUCGUGAUCUCACCAAGUACACUUUAAUCAAACAAGGGUGAACAGCCCAGAAUACAAAAAGAACUGCCCUAGCUGGGUACGACGUUACCCAGGGUAAGGAUAAAGUCGAUAAAUUUAA